AACGAAAAGGUUUAGCUUCUGGCCACCUGCAUCAGCUGUUCUGAAGAUGAACGUGAACUUGACCUUCCCUGUUCAGUUUCUCCUGCUCUGCCUGACCAACUUCCGUCCGGCAAAGAGCGCAUGUACACAUUCGACACUUGGACUGCGGGGCCAAAUAUGGAGCAUAACGGAUGUGACGUCAAACCGCUGUGAGUGGAACAUCUUGACUUCUCCAUUGAAGAUAAUCUUGAUUAAUUUUGACUCCUCCGGUUACCGGCGCGGUUCGGAAAACUGCACCGCCGACGUUCUGACGUUUCACGACGGAAACUCUCCGGGCAGCAGAACUAUCGACACGUUCUGUGGGGACCAGACUCCAGCGACGGGUUUUGAAGACGUCAGACGUUUGUUAGACCUGUCCACGGCCAGUACCGGCCAUCAGAUGUACGUCGUCUACAGCCGCAACCCUCUGUCUCAGCACCGAUCCGAGUUCAACCUUACAUUCACCACAAGAGACAACAACAAUGUUCCAGAGUUCAACGAGGAAACGUUCGUCCCACAAAUGGCACCGGUUUUUAACUACAACACAGCUGAGGAUUUUGUGCAAGUUGAGCUGGAAUACAGUUUUGAAGCAGAUCCGUUUUACUACCCUUACGGCUACACAACAUACAACAAGACCGGUGAUUCCCUCCAGCUGUACGUCGUCAUCCACGAAUUUAUCCUCACGGAUUCUAUCCUGGCUUCAGACUUCGAAUAUUCCUGUACCUACGAAUCCGACGGCUCUCCUGCGUCUGUUCUGCUGACUGUGCCGGCUGAAUACGACAGGUCAGAUUCCCUCCAGCUGUACGUCGUCAUCCACGAAUUUAUCCUCACGGAUUCUAUCCUGGCUUCAGACUUCGAAUAUUCCUGUACCUACGAAUCCGACGGCUCUCCUGCGUCUGUUCUGCUGACUGUGCCGGCUGAAUACGACAGCAACUGGAGUCCAUGGAACUGGCCAUGGGUCCCGGUUAGAAGUUAUGACUUACUGAAUUGGAAAGGAACUGAAGGAGUCAUAAUAUACAACAUUUCUGGUGCUAAGCUGCAGGUUAGAGAGGAGAUAACCGUGAGGUGUAAAAUAGGACUUGGAACGCUGACGACCAAAAUCCUAGUGACAGCAUGUCCCAUCGGGCGGUUCGGGCGGUUCUGUGCGGAGCGCUGCCAGUGUUAUAACGGAGCAGCAUGUCACAGCUUCAACGGUGCGUGCAGGUGCGCCCCUGGCUGGACGGGGAAGAACUGCAUCACAGAUCACCCAGAAAUGCACAUCUGUCCUUCGGCCAGAGAGCUAAAAGACUUGCGGAUCGGACAGGAACUGCAGCUUACAUGCACGGCUUACAAGCUUGACGUCACUGACAUCAAGUGGUUCUUUGAGAGUGGCAUUUCUGUUGACCAGCUUAAUGUUUCAAACAGCAAAAACUCUUCUGUUCUGUACAUCAACUCCCUGGCACCUGAGCACGAGGGUCACGUGACCUGUGAGGGUCUUACCACAGGAGACACGUACAGAGACAUGGUGGACAUACAGAUAGUGUGUGAAGAGAAUUACUGGGGCCCGCUGUGUGACCGAGUCUGCAACUGUACACAACAGGAGACCUGUGAACGGCUCCAGGGCUGUGUCUGUUAUGGUGACGGGUGUCCAAGCUCCCAGGCCGUCCUCCUGGCCACCAGUCUGUCGGCAGGCGCGCUGAUUCUCCUCCUACUCGGCGCCAUCUUCCUGCUCUACAGGCACAACAACAGGCUGCGGGUCGGAAACAUCGACGAUCCGGAGGUCUUCCAGCUCGAACAGGACCUCAAGGCCCUGAUGCCGCCUGCAGCAGGCUCCUCGUCAGGCAGUAUCGACAUGGAGCUGCUGAAGGAAAGGGAGAUCGACAGGAGCAGGCUGCAGGGCGGACAGCUCCUGGGAGAGGGCGCUUUUGGACAUGUCGUCAAGGCAACGUUGACACAACUGGAGGAUGACGAUGCGGUAGUGGCUGUCAAGAAACUCAAAGGCCCGCUUCAACUAGUGCUUGAAUAUGCCGAACACGGGAGUCUCCUUCACCUGCUGUGGACGUUACGUGCGGAGUCCAAACUCAACAGGACCGUUCUGGUCAACAAACGGCACAUCUUCGAGAACAUGAUGGUGGAGGUCUGCUGCGGACUGGAGCACCUGGCGACCAUGAGGCUGGUCCACCGAGACAUCGCGGCCCGGAACAUCCUGAUCCUGAAGGGAACCGCCAAGAUCGCGGACUUCGGGCUGGCCCGGGACAUGUACGCUAUGGGGUACCAUCGGCAGGACGGGGGCAACGACCUGUUGCCGCUGAAGUGGAUGGCGCCGGAGGGCCUGAAGAACGAGGCUAGGUUCACACACAAGAGUGACGUCUGGUCCUUCGGGGUUCUGUUGUGGGAAGUGGCGCAGCUGGGCCGCACGCCGUACCCUGGGAUGGAGGGGGCAGACAGAAUAUAUGAUGCGCUGCAAAACCACUUCAGACUCCCCAUGCCUCAACUGUGUACAGAAGAAAGAUACCAGCUGAUGCUGAAGUGCUGGAAAUUUAACGAGAAGACCAGGCCGGACGCCACAACUGUCAGGAAACUACUGGAGGCGGAUCCCAACGGCUUUUUCUACUUCAACGCACCUGUGGCAGCGAUAGAGGCACCAAUAACUCCGGUAUGAGACUGCAUCGGACGCAAAUAGAAGGCUAAAGUGACGUCAACCUGGAUAUAGCUGAUGGCUGCACAAUACUGGACAAUACUGGGGGGGGGAGGAUAUUGACUACGACAAAUUUUUUUUUGCUGUUUUUAUGUAAACAGUAUGUUCAUUUUGCCAAGCUGGCACUCUAUUUCAGUAUUUGUCAAAUGUUUUCUGCUAUAUUUACUGAACUGUUUUUGCAUCCAUUUUAUAUAACUGUAUGUACGUCUUUAAUAAGUACCAGUUCAAUUGAAAUCAAUAUGUAUGGAAGUUGAUUUUGUAUCUCAAUAAAACCCAACUGUA